AUGAAAGUGCAAGCAAGGAACAACCUACUUAGAAAACUUGCUGGAAGCCAAUGGGGGGCACGAACUCACACCAUGCGAACAACAGGAAUAGCCCUAUGCUUCUCAACUGGAGAAUAUGCGUGUCCAGUGUGGAGCCAAUCCAAACACGCCAAAAAUGUAUCUGUAGCUCUGAACGAUACCUGUAGAAUCAUAACGGGAUGUCUUAGACCAACGCCUACAAACAAGCUAUACCUUCUAGCAGGCAUAGCUCCACCUGAAAUUAGAAGACGAGUAACCACCGAUAUAGAAAAAACCAAACAGAUAAAGGACGAAAGACAUCCUAUGUUCGGACAUGAAAUCGCGAAUACAAGACUUAAAUCCCGAAAAAGCUUUAUGCAAACGGCAAAAGAACUGCACGAAUCCCCCCAAAAAGCUAGAUUGCAAAGGUGGCAAGAUGAGCUACAACCGGAAGAACUGACUCAGAUUAAACAACAACUCCCAAUGGGUGGACACCUUCCAUGGCCAUUAUGGAAAACUCUUUAUAGAUUGAAAGCCGGGGUGGCGAGGACGAAAGCUAACAUGGUAAAAUGGAAAUUUAAUGGAGAAGAUGACUCAUGCGACUGUGGAGAACGACAGACCGAUGAACACCUCCUGUCAUGUACCAUGAGUACAGCACAAUGCACCAGGGAAGAUCUGAUUCUGACAAACACAAAUGCAAUAGAGGUAGCCGCUUAUUGGUCGCAACACAACAUAUAG